UGGCUGCCUCUGCUCAGCCUCGUUUCUGCGUCUCAGCGGGGCUGCAGCGUGCGUCCGUGUAGCGUUCCUUUUUAUGACUGAACAGACAGCAGUUAAAAAACCAUUUGGCAGUGGAGGGGUCCCGGUUGUUCUCACCGUUCAGUUGUUUUGAAUCGUGUUGUGAGCCUUGGUGGACACUUUUCCUGCGCAGAUGCUGACGGGCAGCGAGCCCUUGACCAUCCUCCCGCUGACCCUGGAGCCUGAGGCGGCGGCCCUGGCGCACUACAAGGCCUGCGACCGGCUGAAGCUGGAGCGCAAACAGCGGCGCAUGUGCCGCCGGGACCCGGGCGUGGCCGAGACGCUGGUGGAGGCCGUGAGCAUGAGCGCGCUUGAAUGCCAGUACCAGUUCCGCUUUGAGCGCUGGAACUGCACGCUGGAGGGCCGCUACCGCGCCAGCCUGCUCAAGCGAGGCUUCAAGGAGACCGCCUUCCUCUACGCCAUCUCCUCGGCCGGGCUGACGCACGCGCUGGCCAAGGCCUGCAGUGCCGGUCGCAUGGAGCGCUGCACAUGCGACGAGGCUCCGGACCUGGAGAACCGCGAGGCCUGGCAGUGGGGCGGCUGCGGGGACAACCUCAAGUACAGCAGCAAAUUCGUCAAGGAGUUCCUGGGCCGGCGCUCGAGCAAGGACCUGCGGGCCCGGGUGGACUUCCACAACAACCUCGUGGGUGUGAAGGUGAUCAAAGCUGGGGUGGAGACAACCUGCAAGUGCCACGGUGUGUCGGGUUCCUGCACCGUGCGGACCUGCUGGCGGCAGCUGGCCCCUUUCCACGAAGUGGGCAAGCACCUGAAGCACAAGUAUGAGACAGCGCUCAAGGUGGGCAGCACCACUAACGAAGCCACUGGCGAGGCGGGCGCCAUCUCCCCACCCCGGGGAAGGGCCUCGGGGAUGGGCGGUGACCCACUGCCCCGCACGCCGGAGCUGGUGCACCUGGACGACUCGCCCAGCUUCUGCCUGGCUGGCCGCUUCUCCCCCGGCACGGCCGGCCGCCGGUGCCACCGUGAGAAGAACUGCGAGAGCAUCUGCUGCGGACGUGGCCACAACACGCAGAGCCGGGUGGUGACCAGGCCCUGCCAGUGCCAGGUGCGCUGGUGCUGCUACGUGGAGUGCCGGCAGUGCACCCAGCGUGAGGAGGUCUACACCUGCAAGGGCUGAGCCCCGCUGCAGCCAGUCCUGCUCCGUGGGGUGCAGGCACCCCACGCAGUCUGCGGGGUCUGCACCACCAGGGCUGAGCCCUGAGGCCCUGCCAGCCCCGCUGUGGGGUGUAGACGCUGCACACAGUGCGAGGGUCUGCACCCGGAAAGGCCGGGCCACUGCGCGUGGCAGAGGGCGCCUGUCUGUGCCAGGGCUUGGUGCCAUCAGCGUGCCGUGACCCAGGGCUGGUGCAGCGGCCCCUGUCCGGCCCCCACCACCCUGCCUCACCCUGGGCCUCAGCUUCCUCCCGACACGAGAGCAUUGCUGCAAUGCUUUCUGAGCUGUCUCUGUCCCUGACACACCCGUCCCCAGAGUGUGGUCCUCUUCCGGUCUCUUGACUGCCCCUCCUGCUUCCGGGCUUGCUCUGAGGCUCGGAUGGCCAGUGCACCUUUGUGCCCACGUGGCUGCCCGUCGGAGCAGCCUGGCCUGGCACCGGCGCCAGCACUGCGUUCAGAGAGCCAAACCACUAGGAGAGAUGCCGGCUGCUGCGUCCGGCCCUGCUGCCCAGGGCCAGGCCCGGGGGCUCUGCCGUCCCUCUCUGACACGGAGCACUUCGUUUUGGAGUGAAAUUGUUGACUUUUAAAUUAUUAUUAUUAUUUAACUAAUGUAAUAAUUAUUAUUUCCUCUGACCCCGCUGCCUCCUAGGCUGUCUCUGGGGGGUGCGCCCUGUGCCGUCAGGGCUCCUCCUCCCCUCCCCACCAUGCCCGCAGCUGUCUGUCUUGGCCUUCGAAACCACUAUUCAGACGAUGCUGUCGUUAGAUGAGACCCCUUGGGGCUCUGGGAGCCGCCACACAAAGGCAGAGGCGCCGGGCCUGCUCCACACCUCGCGGCAGCCUGGUGCCCAGGGCCAUGGUGUGGCGGCCGGGGGGAGACAGCCGUGCCCGCACUGUGCGGGGAGCGGUCGGCAGGUGCAGUCUGCCUAGCUUUGGCCACAGCACACCUUCUUUUGGAAGUGCUGUCUUGACAGGGGAAGCGGCCAGUGCCCAAGGGUUGGCUUGAAUGUGUGUGUGUGUGUGUGUGUGUGUGUGUGCGCGCGCGCAUGUGUGCGUGCUAGGCUGGUGUGAGCAGCUGGGUUGCACCCCUUCUCAGAGCUCUGCGGUGACUCUGUGGCCCUGGGCGUCUGGGCGGUGUCCUGCGGAUGUGGCUGGGGUCCAGGCAGGCAGCAGGGUGGGCACUGGGGCUACUGAGCAAGGGGCGGCUUCCCGGGGCCGGGUGUUCGGGGGGCCGGCUGUGUUUUGAAGACGCCUCUUCCUGGGAACAUGGGUCUCUGGCCCCUCCUGGAUAGCGCACGCGGCAAGGUUAGCUCUGUGGUUGACGGUGCAGCCGCCCGACCAGCCCCAGGAGGCAGGUGUGGCGGCAGUGAGCCCUGCCCGUGAGGUCUGGCUGGGAGGGGUCCGUGCCGCUGUGAGUCCGCAGCAGGCCUGCCAGUUGCCCUCAGAGCCCAGCUCAGCACCGUGCGGUGUGUGGCACAGCUCUUCCGAGUCGGGAAGGGUAUUUUUAUCAAACACCACAUUUAACCCUAUGUGCUUAGUGCCCAGAGGGUAUUUCCUAGACAAGGUGGGGCACAGGCCCCCGCUGGCUGUUUCUAUGCAAGUGUGUGUUUGAAUGUUCUGCUGACUGCGGCAGCUGCUCUUCGGGGGGCAGGGUGGAGGGAAGGGCGGCCCCUCCCGCCGCGCGGCCCGGGCCCAGGCUCCAUGUGGCUGGGUGGUGCCGGGCCGCACGGGACGACCUUGUGCUGAGUCUGUGCGAGCCUGUUGAUUUCUCUACCUCAUCUGUGUAGUGAGUAGGUGUGUACCUGAGUGACUGUGGAGAAUGUAUUUAUUUAACAGCUUUGUAUAACAGAACCGGAAACAAUGGAAACACUAAAUAAAUGUAUUUUAAAUUAUA